AAGGGAUGAGUUUCUGUCGAUAUAAUUGAAGUUAUGAAGACUAUGAAGACGACAUACUCUGGCUGAGGUCCGACACCUGCACAACUGCUACGAGGCUGACAGCAGUCUGUUGACAGAAGAAGAAAAUGCACCGAUCAUGACUGGAUCCCGCAACAAACCCUGUGGAAUAAUGAUCAGCGAAUUGGUCAUAGUGCGCCAUCCUUUUUCUGUGUGUGUACCUGUGAACCAUAAUGUGACCCUUAGUGUCCGUGCUGAGGGCACAGGUAUCCUCAACUACCAGUGGUUCACUGAUGAUAAUGAAAAUGAGGUGCCUGGAGCCACUCAAGCAGACUUGACCUUCAAAGCUAAAAAAACUCAGCGCUAUGUGUGCCGAGUGAACGACCACCUUUGCAACUGCAUGUUCACCGACUGGGUGAAAGUGAAGGUGUUGGACAUUGAUAAAACAGGGUUACCAGUACACUGGCAGGGUGAGCUACACAUCGCUGUCAACCCUAAACCCCAAACAGUCCGACAGGGUAACAAACUAACUCUCAGCUGUGCUGCCUUUGGCAUCCCGGCUCCACACUAUCAGUGGUACAGAAAUGGACAGGCACUGCUGGACAAGACUAGUGGCACGAUGCAGAUUGACCGUGCAACAGCCGAACAUGGAGGCACAUACCUGUGUUCAAUAUCUAACGUGCUAGGAGAGACAUGGACUGAAGCAGUUGAUGUUGAGAUUGUGCAAACUGAUCAACUUCCUCCUGCAGUGCUCACAGCCACUGAUAAAGUUGCCCUACUUAUUGGCAACCUGAAUUACUCCCACCACCCUGACUUGAUGGCCCCAGUUAUGGAUGUGCAUGAGCUGUCCAACCUCCUGCAGCAGCUUGGCUUUAGAGUUGUUUCCCUGCUGGAUCUCACCAAGGAGGAGAUGCAGGCCGCUAUCGACAAGUUCAUUCAGCUCCUUGACAGAGGAGUUUAUGGUCUGUUCUACUAUGCGGGUCAUGGGUAUGAGCGUGCUGGGAGGAAUUACUUGGUCGCUGUUGAUGCUCCACAACCGUACCGACCUGAAAACUGUGUCUGUGUGCAGAGGGUCAUGCUCAGUAUGCAGGAGAGACGGACUGCACUCAGUGUAAUCCUGCUGGAUACCUGCAGAAAAUGGUACAACCAGGAUUGCAUACCUUCAUGCAUCAUGCCAUUGGGACCCAGUGGGAACACUGUUUACGGUUAUGCCACAUGUGAAGAUGCUGAGGCAUUUGAGGUCCAGGACGGGGGGAAAAGUACUGGAAUCUUCACAAAGUACUUGAAUGCGCACAUCCUACAGACCGAGAAAGUCACACAUGUCUUGGAGAAGGUGUCUGAGGAUCUAGGCAGAGACCCUCUGGUCACAGGCAAGCAGCAGGUGGAGAUCAAACACACCCUGAAGGAACCAAGAUCCCUUGCAGACCCAGUUCGGACCACCGGCCACACAAGGGAGCUACACCUGCGAGACGCCUGCUGGAGACAAGCAAACGAGCUACCACGGAAGAAGCGGCUGAAAUUUUCAUGUGGAGUAGAAGUGGAAGUCAGCUUCUCAGCUUUGUUCUCCAAUGUCUUGGUGGCUUUUGCCACUGUAAAGACGACAGGCCCCCGAACCCAGGACUGCACUGUCACUCUGAGCAGCAUACCUCCAAUGGAAGACAUAUUUUCCGGCCCUGGCAGGUCAGAGGAAAUGGACUCCCUACUACUUAAGAAAUCUGACAAUCCGGACUGUACUCUGCGACUUUGUUCUCUUCAAAAGCUUACAGAAUCGCUUGUCAUCAAGGUGGAUCUGAACUAUACUCACAUGGACAGUAAGCUACGCCAGACAGAAAGCAAACAGGUGGACAUAGGAAAGCCUCUGGUGGCAUCCUGCAGACUGCACAGAAGGAAUCACGCAACAACGACCAGAAGACAAGAAAGUGCUCCUGCUCAAAGUAUGGGCAACAGACCUCAGUUGCAUCAGACUCUGGCUGGUAUAUGUCGCCCCUUCACCAGAAUGGCAGUGUGUGCUGCUAUAGCUGCAGUAACAAGGAGCAAUGAACCUGAAGAGAACGAUGAAAAUGAACUGCAAGACUUUAUUCGCCGACAUUAGAAAUUUUCGUUACUGUUGUAAAUACUACUUUGAAAAAAUGAUGCUUGUUUCUGAUGUGAUUAGAAAUGACUCUACUUGUCUGUGUUUGAUGAUGAUGAAUGAGUGAGUGAAUGACUGAGGCUAGUGUUUGGUUUGCUUUUAUUUCUGAGCUCAACACUGAAGAAACAUUAACACUUACUUUUGCUAACCACUGAUUUUAUCAUACAUUGUAUAAUACUUGCAAGCCGGCUAGCCUAAUUUAUCAAAAGAUUAGACCAUUACUGUUAAUAAUUUAUCUAAUAAAGACCACUACUUUCUUCACUUUUUUGAUCGUCAAUCUUUUGAAACAUGCCAGUCUGUAAGCUAUCUUGCUGUUAAAUCAACUGUUUAAAUGGAUAACAAAGUGUGUGCUUUAAUAAACCACGUUAAUUAACAAUUUAACAAAA